CAAUGAAGGCCGCCCGGCGCCCGACCAAUGGCGGCAGCGCGAAGCGCCAGCUCCAUUGAUUAGAUCACUCGGUUGUCACUGGAGUCGUACCAAGUAUUCCAGAUGCGUGCUCUUCAUCGCCACAAUCACAACUUCGGACGCACCCAUAAACAAGUCUAAACAACAAAACAUUCAGCGUCUGAGUGGUGGAACCAGUGCAGUCGUUUGCUCGUUGCUGUGUUUCGAAAGCUAUCAUACAGACAGACAGGCCAAAGGAGCAUGCCGUAUGCAACGAGGACUGUUCAUGUCGAUUGUGUGCAAAGCGGACGGACUGUCACAACAAAAUGAAAGCAUGGGGGAUCACGGAGGACUCAGAUGCACUCGCAGAAAGCAGGCGAACCCCCGCAGGAAAAACGUUCAGCUGGACAGCAUGGCGGAAGAUGGGGAUCCGCUUGAUUCAGCGGUGACCCAGGACCGCCGCCAGCAGACCACAUCAACCACGACGGACGUCUGCCACCUGCCCUCUCCAGACAUAGACGACUGCUGUACGUCGCCAGCCUCGCCAAGUGGCAGCGACGCGCCGCUCCAGAUCGUAGAAGACGUAACCCCUCCGCCGUCCCCAACGUGCACCAGCCCAAGGGAGCCCUCACCGGUAUCACCGUCAAGCAAAUCACUCAAAGAUUACAAUGACGAAGACCUCCGGAAGUCCACAACCAACCCUGUGGUGAACUGUCACGGAGACAAGUCCAAGCCCAGGUCCAAGUCCCCCAGCGAUGCGCACAAGACGGACCUCACAGAAGAGGAACAGAUAAAACAGUACCUUCAGCGCAGCGACACCGCAGUUAUCUACCCCGAACCUGUAGGCAACGUCUCCAAAACCAAAAUAACGACUCCCAGCCCAAAUGGUGUGGUGAAAAGCCCCGCCGAAGCAGUUCCGGGCACUAUGCUCGGUGAGCUGUUCCUGCGCUGUUCCAACUGCGAACGCUCUUUCUCUGGACCGAGCGCCGUUGCGGCACUUCGAGACCACCUGAUGUGUGCCCACGCCGACGAAGCGAAGCGGCCCCCCGUAAGUCCGUCCCAGCAGCUACCAGCAUCGCCGCCUUGCACGACGACGCCAGAAGCUCCGUACGUGUGCACAAAAUGCAAAGCGUCCUUCUCGAAGAAGGAACACUUGGACAAACACGACUUGCUACACUCCACCUCUACGCCGAAUCAGCGAGGUACUGGUGUUCAAGACGAGAGCGCUGUACUACGCAAGUUCAAGUGUCCUGAACCGAGCUGCGGAAAGGCCUUCAAGUUCAAACACCACUUGAAGGAGCACAUCCGCAUCCACAGCGGGGAGAAGCCCUUCGAAUGUCCACACUGCGCCAAGCGUUUCUCCCACUCGGGUUCCUAUUCUUCGCACAUGACAAGCAAGAAGUGCCUCAUCGUCAACUUGAAGGUCCGCAAGAUGGACAGCAAAGCCGCGCGUGGUCGCAACAACACGCAGAACGGAAACGUCGGCAGCGGAAACACGUUUCGGCCCAUCAUUCCAAAAUUCGGAGCUGGCGGCGAAGUGUCGGUGGCAAGUCUGGGUAGUCCAGGCAGUGGCUACAUCCAGGACCACUUUCCUUUUGUGCCCCCCGACUACGGCCGCGCCGGACAUCCCGGUGGGCACCCGUUCCUUCCUCCGGCCUACGCCGCUCCUUUGAACUUCUCGCAUCUUCUGGCAAGUCAGUUCGCCAGCUCGGGAUUAUCACCCCACUACCUCGCGCUUCCGCCUUCCUUCAGCGAGGUUGCCCAGAUUCUGCAGUCUCGCCUGGCAGACAAGGAUACACCAAACGGGGACGUUAGGGCUGACCAGGCCGAAGCUGUCAAGAAGAUCCUGAGCAUUGUCGAUGCUGCAAAGCAAAGAAACCCGUCACCUCCCCCGAAGAAAAACGGAAUUCUUCCCGAACUUCUGGCGUCCGGUCCUCUACAACAGGCCGCUGCUGCAGACCAUUUCGGCCUUAGCAAAGUGUCAAGGGGCGACUUCCAAUGCAAGAACUGCAGGACCUCCUUCGAUAGUAUGUCCAGCCUACACCAACAUGAGUGUCAUGCUCGCCCUGCCAGCCGGGAGAGCAACAAUGAUCCCAAGCGACCUAGGAUAGAAGAAAUUGAGAUUAAGGAAGAGCCUAAGCCAGAAUCUUCAGAAAGCGACGUUGACGUGAGCAACACAGAAAGUGGAGGCGAGGACGAAAGGCCUCUCUCGUCAAAAGGUAUCGUGAUUCUCGAACAAGCGGCAGCAACAAGCUCUGACCUAAAAAAGGAAGAUUUAAGGAACCUUGCCAAGGAGAUAGGCUGCAGUUACCGCGCUGUCAGCAAAUGGUACCGCCAUAUCCGUUCAUCUCGUCAGCACCGUUCCUCACCACAGCCUCCGUCACCGUGCAGCCCUGCGUCCCUAGCGUCUAAACAAACUGACUCCACAAUGCUUGUGUCGUCUCCUUACACGGCGUUGGCUCCACAUUUCAACGGCGGACAGUUACCGCGUUUCGCAGCCGCAGACCUCAGCCCAUCCACACAGGGAAAUCAGACAGAAUCGGAGCAGCCAUUGGACCUGUCCUUCAAAGGCAGAACGGGUAGCGAUGUCUCAGAUAGUGAUUGUGAAGCUCUGAACUUAAGCCAGAAAUCACGAGUUCGGGAAACAAAUGGUGGCUUUGGCGUCUCUGGUGAUCUUGAGCGUCGGCGGUCGCCAGCAUGCAGGUUCCCUUAUGCUGCUGAGGACCUGAAACUCGCCCUUUUUCAACGGCACGCUUCGAGCCCGCUGCUUCAUGCAAAGAUGAUGGGACUGCCAACUUUGAAGAGCUUUGACGCUGAUCCUGCUGAGCUGCGUCGGUACCAGGAGGCGUAUUUGGAUCACUCGAGGCUCCCGAUGUACCCGGUUGCGACAACAGAGUCAACAGUAAUGGGACUUCUCCUUGGAUCUCCCCACACAACCCUUUCGCCACCCACUAGUGCAGAGUUCCUGAGAUCUUCGGCAUCAUCCGACGCCGGCAGCCGAGAGGGCACGAGCAGUCCACGGACAUUGUCAGGCUAUACAGUUGACGGCAAAGUGUCAUCCCCGUGUUUCCCCGAUGGUGACAUUGCCGUAGAUGGAGAGCCUAGAAGUCCCUCAUCCCGGGCAUUGCAACUAAGGCAGUGGAAACAUAGUGAAGGCGAUGACAGCCAGAUGGCUGAUGACAACGUUUUGGUCGGUGAAGACCUCAAAAAUGGUCUGGCUUUGCACAUAAACAAGAAGCGAAAAGCGAACAUCAAGGGCGACAGUGGCUCCGAAGAAGGCGUGUUCUCUUGUGACCAGUGCGACAAGGUCUUCAGCAAGCAGAGCUCUCUGGCCAGGCACAAAUAUGAACACUCAGGGCAGCGCCCGCACAAAUGCGACGUGUGCGAAAAGGCCUUCAAGCAUAAGCACCACCUGACGGAACACAAGCGGUUGCACAGUGGCGAGAAACCGUUUCAGUGCCAAAAGUGCCUCAAGCGCUUUUCUCACUCGGGCUCCUACAGCCAGCAUAUGAACCACCGCUUCAGCUACUGCAAGCCAUACCGAGAGAACGGCAAAUAAGGACGUCUUUAUAUUCACAGUGAAAACUUGGACGCAUCUAGCGCUGGACUCUGGGUCUGGAACGAAAGGCGACUUUCCGAGAACGUCAGCCGUGUUCAACCAUGCCGUGGCCCCGUUGCAUCCAGGGGCAAAAGCCAAACAGUGGGUGGUUCACGGUGCAGUGGCAAGGAUAGUUCGUCGUGAGCUUCACGCCGCUGCCGAACGUCUACAAGAUUUCGGCCAUGUGCGGGACGUCUUCGAAUAGUGACGCCUGCACGGGAAUAGUGAAGCGCUGGAAACGGUAUCUUCUGCUGUGCAGAGGCAGUCAGUCGUGAUAAAGCACGACGGCUUACUUUGCUCGAAUAUUGGCUUUUCUUCUCAGUUACGCAUGCCAGCGCCCUUACAAACUUACAGUGUCAGAACAAGUUAGCAUAGCUGUGUUUACUGUUACCAAUAAUUUCUCUUUUCAUCAGUUUGCGUGCAUUCUUCUAUACCUCCACGGUGAAUCAUACUUCAAUAUAGACUGGUUAAAAUGUUGGAAAAUAUAACUAGGGAACAUAUCUGCGUACUUGCUUGAGCCCAUUACACCUCGGGCCCGUUCAAAGACGCGGCAGUACACGGCCUCGUCGUCGAGCUGUGCCUGGUACAAAGUAGAGCCAGUUCCAGCGCUUCACAGGCUUACUUGCAAGCGGGAUCAAAACAACGUAAUAUAAAGUUUUUACUCCUUCCAAGCAUGUACAUAUUCAACUUCCACCGCUGUAGCAUUCUAUAACAUGGAUGAAUGAUAUGGGAACGUCUGCGAAUGUCUGAGAGUGUGUCAGAGAUUCUCUUUUAUAUGUAUACAACGUAAAGCGCCAUGUCAUUACUGAAGAAAGAUUAUACUUAUAUAAAUAUAUAUAAAUAUAUUAUAUCUACGAACGUUUCUCAUACCGAGCGAGGCUGGCACGGUCGACGAGUUGUUGAAAGAACGCUAAGAGGCAGUUUCGGAGUGAUAUGUAUGUUUGUUUUUGAGUUUACAUGGCCACUUUGGUUAUCACUGCGCAUGCAGCUUUGUGCUUUUCGUUUGUUUUUCUCUCGUUCGUUUAUUUUUGCUACGGUGGACAUUGAGUAUUAUGGUUAAGAAUUUUGGCCAGUCAAUUAAGCUUGUGUGGCUUUUAUGUUUGCAUUUCAAAUACUCAUCAGCUCGUGCGCGAACAACGAAUGUUCAAAGGUGCUUUACUGAUACAUUUAGCGGAUAUAUAGCGGUUAUUUCAAGCUCAAGUAAAUGCGUCCUAAAACGUGUCGGGUGCUAGACUGCUAAGUGAAGAACGUGCCAUAUAUGUUUUCUUUCAAGUGCCAGAUGAUAUCAAAAACGGCAGUUAUCGGUAUACUCCUCCACUCAUCUAGUCCAAAGCAUCACAAUCACGAACACCAAAGAAUUUUUACCUCCAAAUACUCUCUACAAUACGAGGCAUUGAUUGCUGUUUCCACGGCCGAGUAAAUGUACUAGUCAGCACAUAGUCAUUACCGGGCCGAAUGUGCAAUUACGGGAGAGUCAGACAGCGUUCUUCUAACGCGUGCAAUCAACUGGCCAUCACCAGUAUCAGACACGUUCUACCACCACCGCCACCGGCUUUAAUACCCGCGCUUCCUUUUUUUCUUUCAUUUCCUCUAUUUUUGUCUUUUUCUGUUCUAACUUCCUUCAUUCCUCUCUAUGGGAGUCAUGCAGGCCAUGCCGGCACUUGUACAUACUACACGAUGACAGUCAUCCCUUCAAAAGCAUCCAUCCAACUCUUUUUCCACUUUUUAACUACAGAGGGAAAAAACGUGACACGCGAACUUUCUCUUUCCCUUAUACGAAUUUUUCCAACUUUACCCCCACACCUCUUCUCUGCGGUUUGGUCGUUAUCCAUUAGGCGUACAUUUGUAGCCUGUUUGAUGAGUGUACCUAGUCACUCUUGUAUUAUAGUUGCCUCCUAUUCUCAUUGUAUGUGUACGAAGUCUGCGUAGUUCGCGUUCCGAGUCCAAAUUUUUGGUUUCUCAUCCAAAGAGUUAUCCUCUUUCUUUUCUUUUUUUCCACGCGAACCACCGAUUCUCGGACAACCGCCAUUCUUAUCUGUUUCCCUCUCACCCUCUUCAAGGACGAAGGAUACAUUUCAAGCAAGGUAGAUCACCUGGACUUAAUGCGCCAUACAUCUACUGGAUCUGUGCCAAAAAUGUCACUGUAUUUUGUGUUACACUGCAUUUUGAAGAAACUGUAUAAAAAGAAAAGCGUCUGAUCGAGCACGAAUUUUUUAAAAAAUUCUUUAUGUAAUCGCAUUUCUAACGUGCUAUCAUUUAUACAUUCCUGAUGUCAUUUGAUGCCGACUUCCUCAUGAAAUGUCACGAAGACAAUCCUUUGCCUGCUGUGCUUCCGUGUGCGACUUGCUAAGUUUCAUCGUUCAACGAAUAAUGUAACAACCCCAGGUGACCCGUCUCAACCAAAGAUAGCCUUCGUCAGUGCUGUUAUGAUUCGAGCACUGCUCCUUUCUAAGCUCCUAAAGACCUUUCCGAAUCCUCGCCAGUAGAAAAGGCUUCAUUGAUAAACUUUUCCCUCCCAUACUAACAUAUUUCCUCCGGAUGUCCCUUCAAAUCUAACCAAGUCUACUUCGUUUGUGUGAACGUGCCAAAGACUGCUGGUUCAAGGCCAGAGUCCCACAUUUUUUUUCUCGCGACCAAGUGCAAAAUGGAGUGCUCGGGGUUUGGCGUGCUUUGGCAUGGACAUGUUCUCCAGCCAGGGGCACGGGUACACGUUUCAGUGCUCUUGAAUUGCAUCAAGUUGAUUCCUUGUUCCCUCGCAUCUGUUUGAGUACCCUGUUACGCGCAGAGUGCACGUGUUCCGCCAAAGACUGGAUUUUGCCAACCACUUGUGUAUUCACCCCUGUUUGAUAUUUUUGUUGUUUUUAUUUCAUGCUAUCAUCCGUGUAAGAUUUAUAUUUUGUAUAAAGCUUUUGUUAACAACUGGA